AUGCCCUUAUACGCCAAAUUCAUGAAAGACAUCAUCUCAAAGAAGCGUCCCACCAACACUGAGCCUAUUCUUUUAACUGAAAGUUGUAGUGCUAUUUUACAGAGGAUGAAGAUACCAGUGAAAAAGAAAGAUAGAGGAUCAAUUACUAUUCCUUGCACUAUAGGAAAUAAAACUUUCAAAAAAGCACUUAUUAAUUUGGGAGCUAGUGUCAAUUUGAUGGCUUUAUCUAUUUACAAAAAAUUGGGUAUUGGCACGGUUCAAGACACUAGGAUGACACUACAGUUUGUUGAUCACUCAAUUAAGAGACCUUAUAGAGUGGUGGAAGAUGUUCUGGUGAAGAUACACAAACUUGUCUUCCCGGUAGAAUUUGUGAUUCUUGAAAUGCCUGAAGAUGAAAAGAUUCCUCUCAUUUUAGAUAGACCAUUUCUAGAGACAGGAAGAUGUAUGAUAGCCAUAAAAAAAGGAACAAUGACUCUAGAAGUCUAUGAUGAAUAA